AUCAUCUAAUGGCGACGGCCAAAGCCAAUCACGCCUCAAUCAAGCGCCGGAGAUCAGUGUCAAAUUAAAAGUCUCCCCAAAGGAAGAUGUCGUUUUUUUAUUGUCCAACAUUUAUGUAAAUAUUAGGUUUUUAUGCAGCGCUAUUCUAAUCUGGAGAAGGAAUAGCGCAGGAUGGAGCGUAUAAAAGACACGUCGUGCGGGGUGACCGACGUCCCUUUGUGUCUUUAAGUUGUUUAUGUCGACGCGCUAUCGGGAGGUGAAGGAAUCCAUCUCAGAUCCCCACCAAUCAUGGACGUCUGCUGGUGAAUUGAGUUUCCUUGGAGCUAAAGAUCAGCUGAUGUAGCCAGGUAAGCUCCAGCAGGCUGACGGAUCCGGCCUGCUGCUCAUCCUGGAGUUUCCUCCGUGUGUCUCAUGCUUCGCCGCCGCGCCUCACCCUGCUGUCUCCCUCUGUCACCAUCGGACCCCUGCAGCUCUUGAACGAAUGAAUGAAAAAGUCGGUCACUUCACCAUCGCCAAAAGGACUCCAUGUCUUUCUUGGACUGUUCCUGCAUAUCCCACUCUCAGGUCCAGCCCAUGGACAUAGAGGAGCGCUAUGAAGACACCAGCCACCAGUUUCUGAGCUGCGACGGUUCCGAAUACACCCUGCAAGGCCCGGCCGGCGGCGAUGACAUCACGGGCCUGUCGCCCGAGCCGGCCCAUUACCAGCUGCUGAACGAGCUGGGUAAAGGGUUCAAUAACCUGAGCCAGGUGAGCAUGGCGCGACACAUUCCGACCGGCCAGCUGGUGGCCGUCAAGCAAACCAACCUGGACGAAUGCACCGAGGAGGAACUGCUGCAGCUCAUGAACGAGGUUCUUCUCUCCCGGCUCUUCCGUCACUCCAACCUGCUGACGUCCCGCCUGGUGUUCUGCUCGUCCUGCCAGCUGUGGGUGCUGACGCCCCUCAUGGCCUACGGCUCUGCAGAUGCCUUACUUACGUUUUUCCCCGAUGGAAUGAGUGAAUCCCUGAUCGCCUACCUGCUGCACGGCGUCCUGAAAGCGCUGGAUUACCUGCAUCGGAUGGGCUACGUUCACCGCGGGGUGAAGGCCAGUCACAUCCUGCUGUCAGAGGAGGGCCGGGUCUACCUGUCGGGCCUGCACAGCGUUUACAGCAUGAUGCGUGACGGGAAGAGGAUGAGGGCCGUGUUCGACAUGCCGCACCACAGUCCGGCGCUGCUGCCCUGGCUCAGCCCAGAGCUGCUGCGGCAGGACCUGCAUGGUUACGGCGUGAAGUCAGACAUCUACAGUUUGGGAAUCGUAGCCUGUGAGCUGGUGAGUGGCAGGGUUCCCUUCCAGGACAUGCCACCCACUCAGAUGCUGCUUCAGAAGCUGCGCGGCUCCCACUGCUGCCUGCUGGACGUGGCUCCCUUCCCGCUGGGCGAGCUGGGCGGCUUGAAGGUUUCCCGCUCCGGGGUGGACUCCGGCAUCGGGGAGAGCGUGGCCACCGGGAGCCUGAUGCACAGCGCCACCGCGCCGCCCACCGACCGGCCGCAGAGCCCGGGACCCAAAAACCACUCGGCGACGCUGCACAGCCUGGUUCAGCUGUGCCUGCAGCAGCAGCCGGAGCGCAGGCCGUCGGCUUCUGAACUGUUGAGCCACGCCUUCUUCAAGCAGGUGAAGAGGCACACCAGAGACUCUUUCCUCAGCUUGAUGUACCCAGCAGUGCCCCUCUCCUGUCCUGAGGACCGGCCCGUGUCCAGCCCACCGGGCCCCACGUGUCCCACUCCACCAUCAGCCACCGCCGAGCCUCCAGAGGCGGAGUGGGACUUCUCCGACUAGCAACCCAAAUACAGACAAUCAAAGAAAAGCAAGGCCAUGCUCUACUGUGUUUUUUUAAUUUGUAUUAUUAAUAUUAACCCAACAGUCUGAGCAUUUUUAUAUAAUUUUAUCAUUUGCUUUUCUUUUUUAUCUGUUUGUCUGAUGGAUAGAUUUUGGCGUGAGCCAACUGUGAAAGUGCUGGACUACAGAAGCUGCUCAAAUAUAUAAAUCUUUAGUAAUUAUAUCUUUAAAAUGAGUCAGCACACUAAUAAUCGUGACACAUUCUGUAAAGAAAGGGCCACUGCUACAUGUUUAUUGUAGAUUCAUGUGUUCCAGCUGUGAAUAUGAAGUAUUAAGGUACAUAAAACAACAGGUUUCUUAUUGUAUUGAAGGAGAAAACAGUGUUUUUAUUAAGUCAUUCUCAACACAAUUAGAGCCAGCCUUGUAAUCCUCUUUCUGCUGUAUGUUCUUGUGUGGAAAAUUUACAACAUGGGUGUUUAAAUGUGCUCUAAAAAGGCACAAAAGCAAUAAAUGUGCUGUAUCUAGUGCUAACCUAAUGUAGCGGUUAGGAAUCAUUAGUCUUCCCUGUCCUGAUCUACAUAAAAUGUUCCUAUUGUGCUCUUCAACCACUUAUCCAGCAAUGCCUUUGUUUUUAAUAGGAUCUGGUGAAUUCUUUGUAACUGUGAUUAAGCGUGCUGUGUAUGAGAACUGUGAGUUACAGUACAUAUCAAACAUGGUAGCUGUAUAAGCCUUACUUGUAUUAAUGGUACAAUAUCGAUAUAUAUGUUUUUAUUCCCA